AUGGAGGUCGAGCUCGAACGACGGUUCGUGGGGCUCCUACGGGCCCGUGGCAUCGUCCGCCACCACCACCGGCCAGCGUCGUCGAUACUACACAUCCAGACCAACGGCAAUGACGUCAGCGACGAAGACUCGCUCGAUGAAACCGACUACCAGUGGGGCGAGCCUGAAAUCGAUGAUCUAUACCAGUUUCUGACCGCUACUGAUAUUGACUCAAUGUUUUCUCCAUUUCAUCAAAUACCCCCCUUGAUAAAGCAUGUGAUAUCCAGUGACCAUAACGUCCACUACGUCGCUCAGACCACUACAACUCCCGAACCGCCACGCAGUUCCUCGACUGAAGACGUCGACGAUGCUGCCGAACCAGCCUCCCAACCGCACCGUGCGUUUGCCAUGGUGAUGAGAAUGUGGCUCUCUUCGCUGGACGAAGAGGACCACGACGACGACGAUAUUGACGAUCGCAUCAACCUCACCCCUAACCCACAAUUGAAUUACUCUGAUGAGUUCUGGCAACAGCUAUCCCUGGUACCGAUCAAACCACCACCUACAGGCCACUUGAUAGUCAAUUUGGUCUCGGCUAACCAAUUGGAAGUGCCCGCGUUGUGCAAGUAUAAGAAUAAUCUUGCGUGCACCAUCACCGUCGAUGACACCGACUAUCUAGUGGUAGCGGUGAACUCAGCCCUUCACAUCCACGAGUUCAGCGCUAUAAACCACAUGCCUCAUCGUGAAGGCCAUCAACUCGAAACGAGACCGCGGUUUACGACUACCAUGGACUCGUUGGUGUCUACAUGGCAAACCUAUCCUCAUACAUUCAAUUACAUUCGAGCAUUUCCUGAUUUCAACGGAUCGCCAGUGGUGGUAGGGUGCAUGGAUGAUGCCAACGUGUACAUGUAUAACGUGUCUACAAUUGUUGAUAGCAUGCGAGCGAAACACAAAAGCAUCAAAGCUGACUAUACCUGCAAAACCGACAGUUCGUGUUGGGGGGUUGACGUGGUGUCAUACAGCGACAAAUUUGGAAAAAAGCACGAUUUAAUGGUUGUCAGUGAUAACUCACGCAGCUUAAAGCUCUUGUAUUAUUCUCGUGCUGACCAACAAUUUAGCCAUUGUCGUUCAUAUCAAUUGGGUCACAACAUUCCCUCAGUGGCAUUUUGCGGUGCUCCAGAGAUUACUAGUGAUGGUUUCCACCGCGUCAAAGUGGCUUGUGGUCUGAUAUCUAAGGAAGUGGUACAAUUUGAGUUUAACUUCAUCGUGGCCGAGGGUCCUCAACCACAAUGGGAUCCGACCCCCGUGUAUUAUGUCGAUGGAACUAUGCAACAAGAUGCUCUGUCGGUCUUGGGGGAGCCAGUGGGCGAACCACCCAGGGGCGCGCUAUCCCGUGUAAUCUUUGACCAUCCUCAACUCAUUGCCCGAGUCCAUCUUGAUGACCAUGUUUGGGGAGUAAUGCUGGUGGAAUCACGGCACUUCGUCAAAGUGAACUCCAUCACUGAAGUAUAUGGUGAAUCGCCUGACCCUAUCACCGAAGCGAAAAUAGUUGAAGAGCUGAAACUCAUCGACAGCGAAUUCAACGCUUGGGAAACUGACCUGUUGGGACCGGCGCUGAUCUUCCAAAGCUACCGCAGCCCGCGCUAUUGUCGGGGGCGCCGUGUCAACUUCCCUCACACGGACGGGCAGUACCGAUGCCUUCACAAACUCAUGGCUCAGCACAUAUUGGAGCCGCCACUGCCCUAUGCGAGUUAUAGCUUUCUCGUUACCACCGCUAAGGCGCUGACUGGUCUUUUCAAUCAGUCUCAUCUUUACUGCAACCAUUACAUCCCCCAGCUUUUGAACCCCGCGUCCAUAAGAGGGUUUGAGAGUCAUCUGUUCACCGACCGGCUCCUGCUCUACGUCUCUAUCCCUGAGCUCCUGUGCUGUCUUGUUGCUACUCAGCAUGGGCUCGUCCAGGUGGUGAGAAUGUGCCAGUAUCGUGGAGUGUACGGUCUUCGCCCCGAGACCGUCGUCCCCACCACCCACUUCAUGCUGGCUCUCGCCUCCAGCGGAUGCCGUACGCUUGCUGGUCUCACUGUACGCAACCGCACCGUUGACUCGCUUUGUCCAACCUUCUUGGCCUACCUCAUUUACUCCGACGGUCUGGUGGUGACCUAUACCCUCCGCGGCGGCGACCCAGCGGCCAGUGACGCGUUUGAGAUGCUCUAG